ACCAUAGUGAAGUGCGUGCUAUACAUACGUUGAGGAUUUACAUGAGUGCUUCAAUAUGAGAUAACUGGAUACAAUCCCCAUGUGCACGUUGGAGCAAGAUGGUGAGAGAGACUCGGCAUCUCUGGGUAGGAAAUUUACCCGAGAACAUAAGCGAAGAGCGGAUUAAGGAACAUUUCAAACGUUAUGGCCCCGUGCAGAGUGUUAAGGUGCUGGCGGGGGGCGGAGUGGGCGGCGAGGAAGGGAGUGCAGGUAUAUGCGCCACCGUGGCCUUCGUGGAUAUCUGCUCGGCAGCUAAGGCCCAUAAAGCUGACAAUCGGUUGGAGGACCGCUGCCUCAAGACUACUUACCACGAGGCCUCCCUGAGUGCCCUCUCCUCGCCCCAAUACACCCCACCCAUUCACCUACAUAGGGAACCGCCCUCCCACCAGUACACGCCCACGCCACCACCCGCGCCCAAUUCUAACAACCCUGCCCUAGCCGCCCGCAGUCCCAGAUUCUCUGGGUUGUCUGAGGACCACAGUGGGUAUGAACGCUCUAGUCAUUUUUACGAAGGUAGACGAGAUGAAAGUUUAGGCUAUAAUGGACCUGGAGUUGGGCCUCCAGGAAUGCGUCGUGUUUACCCAAAUGAUCGUGAUCAAGACUUCACUAGUAGAGGUCGGUUACGAUUAUAUUCAAGGGGGCCCUAUAGUAGUGGACGACCAGACCAGGGAGACUAUCGUUGGGGAAACACCCAAUAUCGGUAUCCACACCAGGACCCUUAUGUUGAAGAAAAGGUGGUGGUACGGAGAGGGGUUGUGCCACCUGCCCCCUCUUCUCCUCCCCUCCAACGCUCUGCUGCUCCUCGGCCCUCAAGAAUACCUGCUGGCAGUGGUAAUAUGGGCAAGAGGCGACAUGCCAGUAGAUCUGGUUCGGAAUCCCGGUCGUCAAGUAGAAGCAGCAGUAGUAGCAGCAGCAGCAGCAGUAGUAGCCGCUCUACCUCCAGCAGUUCACGGACGCCAUCUCCUGGAAGAGUGACUGCUGCAGGUAUUUCAAGCACAGGAAUGUUAACUACUGUUGGGGGACUUGGUUCCCCACAGGAAGAAAAGAGACCAGUAGCCAUCUGUGUUAGAAAUUUACCACCAUGGUCAACUGAAACUUCUUUACGGGAAGGAUUAUUCCAUGACUACAAGAAACAUGGGAAGGUAAUGGCUGUGCGCUUGCUGGGCUCUGGCAAUGACCGCUUUGCUGUUGUCUGCUUUAAGAAGCCAGAAGAUGCCGAAAAAGCUCUUGAUGCCUCACGUGAAAAGCUUUUUUUUGGUGUAAAGAUUCAGGUGGCACCACAUGAGGGUGUUGAACUGGAUGAGAGUGAAUGUAGAGCAUAUGAUGUAGAAGUUGAUGAGUAUCACCCGAGGGCCACACGAACCUUGUUCAUUGGAAAUCUAGAAAAAGAUGUGACCAUAGAAGAUCUUAAGAAGCAUUUUGAGCAGUUUGGUGAUAUCAUUGAAAUUGACAUCAAAAAGCAGAGUGCAAUUUUAGCGCAAUUGUAUUCACACCUAUUGCUACAUAAUUCUCAUGUGUUGUGUAUAACUUUGCUGGGGAAGCGCAGUUUCUCACGUUAA